AUGUACGCCGCUCGCCAGCGCUGCGAGAAUCCUUGCAGAAGCCAGUAUGCCCCUGCGGGUGCAUUCCGGCGCCAACCUCCGCGGCGCAAGCACUUCUACUCGUGGGUCGCCACGGAUAAGACACAGCUGCAGAAAACGGAGAAGCUGGUGCUACAAGGGCUGCCGUAUUAUCAGGCCAAGAUAGCCGGCCUCAACACCAUCUCCACCGACGACAUUCGCGAGUUGGACGACAAUCCCGUGCGUGUGGCCAACCUCAGCGGCAUCACCAAAUCUAAAACUAUUCGCAACAGAGCUGAUGAGCAGCAGACCACCACUCCUCUCUCGCCUCUUACUGCCCGAAAUGCCGCAGCAGAGGUGGAAAAGGAUAUCAUCGUUCUCAUUCACGGUUUCGCCGGUGGGGUGGCGGGCUGGGCGCAAAGCUGGCGCUUCCUGUCGGAGCACUAUCGCGUGUAUGCCUUCGAUCUACCUGGGUUCGCUCGCAGCGAGCGCCGUGCCUCUACCGCGACGUCACUACCAGAGGCGAUGGACUACUUCUGCGACUAUAUUCACCGCUGGUUCGCACGACUCGACUUUGGGCAGCCUGUCAUUAUUCUCGCUCACUCCUUUGGGUGCUUUGUCGCGUCGCAUUACGCCAUGCGCAACGGGGCCGAAUCCAUCAAACUACUCCUGCUUGCAGAGCCGUGGGGCGUGGCGCGCAGUAACGCAAACCGGGUGAAGAAGCACCCGCUGCAGGUGCGUGUGCUGCUGGCACUCUUCUACAACAUUGGUUUUCUGGCGCUGCUGCGCGGGGUAGGACCAAUGGGACCGUGGCUGCUGCGCCGCGUUCGCCCCGACUUCGAGGAGAGGUGGGUCACCUUCCUUGGUGACCCCAGCCCCAUGUACGACUACCUCUACCACUGCAACGCGCAGCAUCCCCUUGUCGGAGAGAAACUCUUCAAAGCCUGUUGUCACUACGACGUAUGCGCAAAGGAGUCACUGCUAGAUGCGCUGCCAGGUACGCUCGACAAGAGCAUCGGCGUGGGUCUAUUGUUUGGUGGCAAGUCGAGGCUGAAUACGCCAGAGGGACCCGAGCUAGGAGCGCUGCUGCGUGAGAAAGGCGUUCGCGUCCGCAUCGAUACGCUGGACAACGCCGGCCAUCAAAUCUUUAUGGACGACGUGGCGGGCUUCAACAAGAAGGUCGUCGAGAUGGUCACGGAGUUGUCUUCGGACUCCUGUCCAACGCUGUCGGUGUGA